GUGCUGAAAGGGAAAAAUAUCAUUGAGUGUAGCCCGACCAUUGAACUGAACUUUUUAGCUAGCUUCAACAUAAACAUAAAGUUUCGAGUUUAGUUGUUUCUUUUUUUUUCUAGUUGCAUGUAAUAAAGUUUAGAAAGAAAACAACAUGGCUGGGCCUGUGUCUCCUCAUCUUGUUAUUCCCAUGAUGUUAUGGGGAGAGACACCACCAUCUCAUUGUAUCUCAGCAAUUCAAAUAUCUCAUGACCAUUGCACAUUAGUGACUGGAAGUCAUGACGGUCAACUAUGUGUUUGGGCUAUGGAUCCCAAUACAUACAAGGCCACUCCAAAGUGUUUUUUGGUGGGUCACACAGCUCCAAUUGUGUGUCUGGUAGCAGCAAAAAACACACUAGAAAUGGAGUGCAUCGUCAGCUCCUCUGAAAAUGGAGAAAUGUGUACAUGGGAUUUAAUAGAUGGACAGUGUAUAGAAUCAGUCAAGCUUUACCAAAUUCAUUCACACAUCCAGUCUUAUUCCUUUGGAGGAACCGAAGAUGCAUCGCUGUUUUGUAUUGGAAACUAUCCGGAGAUCCUUGUAAUCGACCCAUUUACGUUAGAAAUAAUAAUGAACCUGACAAGUCGCGUGCAUCCAGAUUGGAUGGCAGCGAUUCAUGUUUUACGCCCGACGCGAAGACAGGAUGAUGUCGUAUUGGGGUUGACCACCAGUGGAGUCGUUAAGGUCUGGACUGUUGGGGCCCAGGACUUGAACAACUCAGGUGAACCUGUUCUGGAACACGAGAGCAAACAAAUUCGCUGUUUGAAUGCGACGUCCAUGACAUGUUGUUUGUAUAAUCAACGGACUGUUAUAAUUGUCAGCCCAAAAACUUGGCAGAUUUACGAUGCUGGUGAUUUCUCGUUGCUGUGCUCCAUGUCAUCAAAACAAGGCGAAUCAUGGGUUGGCGGAGAUUUUUUGGCUACUGACCGGAUUAUUGUAUGGAAUACUAUAGGAACAGCCUUCGUGUACCGACUACCUACCAACAAACUGAAAGGACAUGUAACGCGUUGCGUGGUGGAGAGCAAGGACUUCCAUAAUAAAUCUUCAGAAGAAGAUUUGCCGUUCCUCUACUGCGUUCUAAAAUUAUCUGAUGAGCAAAAACUUCCGUGCCCACCUUCCAUCCGCUGUAGUUUAGUUGUCAAAGAGGAUGGGCGUCUUGUCAAACUUUUAUUACGGGGUGACGCCAAUGGUCGCGUUUCCGUUUUCACCAUUCCAGAGGUUACGGACAAUCAGUUGGAACAAAUUCAGCAGCUUGACUUUGACAAUCCGCCAAAUAUGACUUCUGAGUCAUGCAGCAGUCUUUCUGAUUCGUGGAUGGCGAUUCAUCCGAAACCAAUAGGAAUCCUAAGCCACAUGGAUAGUACAAUUCCUGUGACAUCUAGUUUAUACAUCACAAUGCAAAAUCGUCUCGUGUGCGGUAGAGCAGAUGGCUCAAUCGUUCUUCUUAAUGGUAUUGCAACACUAAAGUUACUGCUACUUCAACAAGCCAUUACUGAUAUUCCAGAUCUGCUCACACUUAAUGGGCACACAGGCAGAGUUACUUGCUUGCUCUAUCCGUAUCAAUUACACAAUCGCUAUGACCCAGUACAGCUAGUUUCCGGUGGCGCUGAUUUUACGCUGUGCUUAUGGAACAUCUCUUCUGGAACGUUAUUGCAAAAAUUUUGCGUUCAGGUCGGGGAAAUAGCGCAAUUGCUAGUACCUCCAGCCAAUUCUUCGCCACGCAUUUUGCAGUGCAUCUGUAGCGUUGCAAAAGAUCACUCGGUUUCCCUCAUCAGUUUGAAGGAGCGCAAAUGCGUCCUUCUCGCAUCACGUCAUCUAUUUCCAGUAACAUGUAUCAAAUGGCGUCCGUUGGACGACUUUAUGAUGGUCGCUUGCUCCGAUGGCACUCUCUAUGUAUGGCAAAUGGAAACAGGCCAACUGGAUCGGGUAGUCCAUGGCAUGUCUGCGGAAGAAAUAUUAAAUGCAUGUGACGAAAGUGUUUCUGUAGUUCCCAGUUUUCAAGAAGGUGGACUCGCGAAUCCUGCUGUUCACUUUUUUCGGGGACUCAAGCAUCGUAACAUUUCUGCUAUUCGUCACGCCGCUCUUAGAGGGCUUAAUCAACUGCAACACACAAAUGCAUCAAACAACCAAGAUUCUGGAGAUCUUUCAAAAGAUCGGGGUGUACCUUUGAGUAUCCAAGGACUCCGUUCAAAUGCGAGUGAGACAGAAUUUCAUGCGGUUUUCUUUGAUGCCGAAGCGCUAGUUGUUCAACUUUUGCAUGAGGAAUACAGUAUGAUGUCCCCAAAUACCUUGGAGAAUCACGGUCUCAUCAACCAAAAUGAAUAUCAAAAAGUUGCUGCCUUGACUCAUACGGCUUCACCAGAUGCCCAAAAGAAAAUAGCAGAUUUCCUUGGCAAAGUUAAGGACAAAGCUGGAGACAUGGAAAGGCGUCUUAAAGAUAAAGACAAACACGGUAUUCUCGCAAAAGUUCGAGAAAGUGCGGAAAAUAUGCAACACAAAAUCCAGUCCAGGAAUGAUGGGUUGAACGCCAAAUAUUCCGAGAGAGGAACUGAAGACGAACGAGAUGGUGCCAGUGUUGGGAGUAGUGGAAGUACACGUCAACGUCAAGUUCCGAAUUCUUUGCCUACUGAUUGGAGUUUGACUAUGGAAAUAGCACAGCUCCUUCUUUCAUUACUUCACGGUUGGACGUUGGACGAAGAUUUGGAUCAGGCGUGUCAGAGCCGAUUGGGUCUUGCCAAACCCAAAAGUCCUGUAUGCUUUGGUCUUAUAUCGCGUUCUGGGCACAUGAUGCUGAUGCUACCUACAUGGCCUGCGGGUGAAUCUGUUGAGCAUUUCACCGCCCUAAGUCAUUGGUCAAUAUCGAGUACCUUAACCACAAAUCAUCUACUGGCUAUUGUGGCAUUGUCGAAUACCCUUAUGUCUAUGAAUAGCACAGCAUUCAGCAAUGGAAAACUCGUUCGCCAAUACCCUCCAAGGGAUGCCAAGAGGUCUGUCGAAGAUAGAAAGGCAGAAGAGCCUUUUACUGUUCAUGAUGUGCAAACAAAACAAGGAUGGAGCUUAAUGGCUACUUUACACUGUGUCCUAUUGCCUGAUAAAGUCUGCGAAUUUCAACACCUACGCCACCCUUCAGGAUUGGAAACCUUCCGAAAGGCGCAAAUAGAAAUGCUUGCGCGUCGUUGGCAAGAUCGCUGUUUAGAGAUUCGAGAAGCAGCCCAAGCCCUUCUUCUCGCCGAGUUGGAACGAAUAGGCGUGGAUGGCAGGAAAGCCGUGGUGGAUCACUGGGCGACGUUUCUACCGACAUACGCAGAUCCAUUCACCAUAGCCGGCCCGUCGCACAGCGUUGGAUUCAACGCAAAUAGUCUUACGGGAUCUGGUACGCAGAAUCUUUCUGUUCCUUCACAGCAGUGGGGCAAUGACGGAGGAUCGCCAGCCCGUUCAGCCGGAGAAUAUGAAGCGGAAGAGGAUCAUGAUGAAGAAGACGACGGUGAAGAUGUAGCCCUUCGUCGGCCAAGCCGUUCCAUGGAACUCAAGCGGCGCCAAGCAACGUCUAUAGUACUAUUGGGCGUCAUUGGAGCUGAAUUUGGUCAAGACAUCGGUGACAACAAGAAAACAAGCGAGACGGAUCCGCGCAAAAGGAAGACUGUCGAAGGCUUUGGGCUAGGGCCGAAUCAAAAUCUAGCAAGAUUGACUAGUAAAGCAUUGACGUACCUGUUGUUGGCGCCAGCGUCACCAAAGUUACCUAUGCAUACAUCGUUACGCCGAGCAGCCAUCGAUUUGAUUGGGCGUGGUUUCACGGUCUGGGAACCGCAUCUAGACGUUUCAAAAGUGCUGUUGUCGAUGCUUGAACUCUGCUGCGAGGGUGACAAACUAAUUCCCAGCAUGAGUUACGGUCUUCCGCUGAGCCCAGCAGCAGAUUCUUGCCGUACGUCACGACAUGCUCUAACACUUAUAGCUACUGCCCGACCUGCGGCCUUCAUCACAGCAAUGGCACGAGAGGUUGCAAGAUACAUCACUUUACAGCAAAACGCCCAGACGCUAAAUGUGAAUCUUGCUAACACUACGCUAGCAAGAGCUAAACCAGAAAUACUUCGCGUUAUUGAACUGCUGAUCGACAAAAUGCAAGCGGACAUCUCGGAUCUUCUUGUUGAGGUUACGGAUAUAGUUUUACAUUGCGUAGACCAUGGUCAUUUGAAAGGUCGCUCGCUCUCCGAAGUAUUCCCUUCCUUAUGCCGCUUUAGCCAGAUUACACAUUGUUCCUCCAGUCGUCGAAUAGCUGUUGGUUCCCGAAAUGGAUCUCUCGCCUUGUACGAGCUCCGCGGACAGAAGUGCCAAUACAUACAGGCUCAUAACGCUGAAAUAACGGCUUGUGCGUUUUCUCCUGACGGAAAAAAUUUGGCGUCGUACUCUUCUACGGAGAACCGAUUGUCGUUUUGGCAGCAAGCUGCAACGGGUGUGUUUGGAUUGGGAGCUGUUCAAACACGAUGUGUGAAAACAUACACCACUGAUCCGUUACCUCCGUGUGUGCGAUCUGGUAGUACAAUACCAUUGCGAAUGGCUCGUCUUCAGUGGCAUAGUGGUAAAACAGUAGCCAUUAUGCUCUCAGAUGGCUCAGAGACGAGAUACCAUCUCUGAAAAACGGAGAAUUCAACAAGGGAUGAGUUCUAACGAACCAAG